AUGCGCCCAAUUCUUCUGCUCGCACCAGUUCUCGCCCUCGCUGCUCCUUCGAUUGCACCUACAGCGCAGCAUCCUCGGGAUGUCGAUGCGUCCAUAAACGCGACGGUCGACCCCGGUCAUGCCGAGUCUCAGAAUGCGGGAGACGAGGUAAACCGCAAUUACGAGCGACAAAACGGCGAGUACACGGCCACAACAACUGAAGCGCCGUGGGAGGAGAGAAUGGCGGGUGUGAAAAGUAAAUGUGAAGAGUCCAAAAGUUGCGGGGGCAUUUGCAAGGAGCUCAAUCCAGGAAGAUGCGGGAAGAAGGUUCGUGCUGUCGAUACCUCCAUAAAGGCAACGGUCGACCCCGGCCAGUCCCGGAAUGCGGGAGACGAGGUAAACCAUAACUACGAGCGACAGAGUGAUCCGUACGGCAAGGACAGGCCCAUAGCAAGUACCGCACCGUGGGAGGAGAGAGUGGAGGGUUGGAAGAAGCAAUGUGAACAAUACAAACUUUGCACGGGCAUGUGCAAGGAGUUCAAUCCAGAGAGAUGCAAGGACUACUGA